GAACAGAGAAAGCAGCCGGCGGAGUUGCUGGCAGAGAGCCUCGGGCAGGAGUUCCCUGGUCGCAAGUGGCAAGUGAGCCACGGUCGGGCACGGCUGGUGCCAGGGAUGACCGAGGUGGAGGCCCAGGGCCGCCUGUGGCUGGAGAGUCCCCCUGGGGGCGCGCCCCCCAUCUUCCUGCCCUCGGACGGGCAAGUCCUUGUCCUGGGCCGGGGACCCUUGACCCAGGUUACGGACCGGAAGUGCUCCAGAAACCAAGUGGAGCUGGUCGCAGACCCCGGGACCAAGACCGUGGCAGUGAAACAGCUGGGAAUUAACCCCUCAACUGCUGGGACCCAGGAGCUGACUCCUGGGUCAGAAGGUUCUCUGAGGGUGGGGGACACACUGUAUUUGGUCAACGGCCUCCACCCACUAACGCUGCGCUGGAAAGAGGUCUGCACGCCUGAAUCCCAGCAAGACACUCCACCCGGCACCCCUCCGGUGGCUCCAGACGUGGCAGAGGAUGUUGAGCCGCAGAAAAAGCGGAUGCGGAAGUCAUCCCCCGGCUGGGAGAAGUUCGAGAAGCUGCUAGUGUUUACUGCUCCUGGGGUGAAGCCCCGCAGUAAGGUGGCCGGCUUUGAUCUGGAUGGGACCCUCAUCACCACACGCUCUGGGAAGGUCUUUCCCACUGGCCCCAGCGACUGGAGGAUCUUGUACCUUGAGAUUCCGCGUAAGCUCCGCGAACUGGAUGCUGAGGGCUACAAGCUGGUGAUCUUCACCAACCAGAUGGCCAUUGGGCGCGGGAAGCUGCCGGCAGAGGAGUUCAAGGCCAAGGUGGAGGCUGUGGUGGAGAAGCUGGGGCUCCCCUUUCAGGUGCUGGUGGCCACGCACGCCGGCUUGUACCGGAAGCCGGUGAUCGGCAUGUGGGACCAUCUGCAGGAGCAGGCCAACGAGGGUGUGCCCAUCUCCAUCGGGGACAGUGUCUUCGUGGGAGAUGCAGCUGGACGCCCAGCCAACUGGGCCCCUGGGCGGAAGAAGAAAGACUUCUCUUGUGCAGACCGUCUGUUUGCGCUCAACCUCGGCCUGCCCUUCGCCACACCAGAGGAGUUCUUUCUGAAGUGGCCUGUCGCCAGCUUCGUGCUCCCCACCUUUGACCCGAGAACCGUCUCUCCCUCGGGGCCGCUCUGCCUCCCUGAGUCCAGCUCCCUCUUGAGCUCCGAUCCUGAAGUGGUGGUCGCCGUGGGAUUUCCUGGGGCUGGCAAGUCCACCUUCCUCCAGGAGCACCUCGUGUCGGCGGGCUACGUCCACGUGAACAGGGACACGCUGGGCUCGUGGCAGCGCUGUGUGACCAUGUGCGAGACCGCUCUAAAGCAAAGGAAACGGGUCGUGAUCGACAACACCAACCCAGACCCUCCGAGCCGGGCCAGGUACAUUAAGUGUGCCCGGGACGCAGGGGUCCCCUGCCGCUGCUUCCUCUUCACGGCCACCCUGGAGCAGGCACGCCACAACAACCGGUUCCGGGAGAUGACAGGCUCCUCUCACGCCCCGGUGUCCGACGUGGUCAUGUACGGCUACAGGAAGCAGUUCGAGGCCCCGACUCUGGCGGAAGGAUUCUCGGCAAUCCUGGAAAUCCCGUUCCGGCUGAAUCUGGAGCCUCCGCUCGAGCGGUUGUACUGCCAGUUCUCGGAGGGCUGAGCGACCCCCACCCCCCAAUAAAUUCUGUUUUUCUUUAAG